AUGGCUAACCAUCCUCCACCCGCACCCAUCCCUACAGCAGGAAAUCUCAUUUCUAUCUCCCUCUCACUGGUUACCUUCGGUGUACUCGCAGUUUGUCUAACCCGCAGACUGCAAGCUGUUGGAAGAUGGAAGAGUUUGCCUUUCACAAAUUGGCUUAUUCUCGCGAUCUAUAUCGAUUCGACACUAUUCGUCUUCGUUACCGCAAUCAUCUCAAGAGGCCUCGGCAUCAAUGAUUCACCGCAAGUUUGCGAGGGAGCAAUUUUACUCUGUUUGAUCUGCUACAUGACAACGAAAGUCCUCAUCUACCUCUUCCUCGUGGAAAAAGCUUACAUAAUCCGGGGAAGCCGCAAUGCGCGUAUGAAAGACAAACUCUUCUUAUUUAAUUUCUUCGGCAUGAUUGUACCGUACCUAGUAGUCAUCGUGUUGAAUUUCAUCUUCCGCAUUGCGUAUAUUAAUGAGAACGGUGUUUGCAUCAUUGGCAUGAAGAAGAUUGCAAUGCUCCCCCUCAUCUCGUUCGACGUCGUCGUCAACGUCUACCUUACCCUGCUAUUCCUCCUCCCUCUCCGGAAACUCUACUCAUACCAACACAACAAAAACACCUCCCUCCACUCCAUGGCCCUCCGAACCUUCCUCGGUAGUUGCGCUACCCUAGUCUCUAGCGUCGUCAACCUGACCGUUCUCAUGGUUCUCAAAGGCGAGCCAGGCUGGAUCUGCCUCAUGUGCUGCAACGCCGAUAUCCUGUUCUCCGUCCUUGUCCUCCACUGGGUCACCGCCAAUGACUCCAACCGCUCCGUCUCAGGCUCCAGCCCUGGAAACUUCACCGACCGACUCGACUCCAUCCAUCGCAGUAGCAAUUUCCCCGGCGUCUCCUCAAAUACGACGCCGAGGAGAGAAUCGGUGCAGGUGUGGUCGGGGAAGCGGUCGAUGGAUCAGAAUAGGAUUGGGGGAGUUGUUACGACGGAGUGUAUGGGUGUUGCGGCGAGUAAGGAUGGUAGGGGGAGUGAGGAUGAGAUUAUGGAAAUGCAUACAAUUACUGUGAAGACGGAGCAUACGAGGGAGGUGGAAGUUGAUGGGCAGAGUGAAACUCAGAGUUCCAGGUCUGAGUUUAGGAAUAUGACGGAGAGGGCAGUUUCGACAGAGAAAAUGGUGUAG